AUGACAACUUGGUGCAUUCUUAGCAGUAUGUUCCGAAGAUUCAAAUGCAGCAAGCGCGGUCUGGAGAUGUCAUUGAGAGCCUGUGUUCAGGCUCAGAAAAUGCAAGCAGGGGCCCAGCUUGAUCUGUGUGCCAGAGGAAUGAUGGGAUGUAUUAAUACACGUCUGCUGCACAUUGGCCAUCAGGACCUUAGCAAGAGGCUGCCGCCUGGAGUACAGCAAAAACGGAAACCUUUGAAGAUGACUAAGGGGAUUAGUCUCUCCAGAGUACACGUCCACAAUGGCAUGACAAUAGAAAUGCUUGCUGCGGCCAUGAACAAGUCCAUGGAUCAUGUAUAUGAAGUGCUGUUUCACAUUCCAAAGACAGAGUGUUAUGAUCAUGAUGAAGCAGUUUUGGACCAGCAGACGAUCAUUGAUGUUGUCAAAAAAUCUGGAAUGAUUCCAGAGUUUGUCAGUAAAAAGGAGGAAGAAGAAGAGAAGAAUGAGGAUGUUGUCAGGCAGCCUCCGCCAGACCCCAGUGUUCUGGUGCGACGUCCGCCUGUGGUGACAAUCAUGGGUCACGUGGAUCAUGGGAAGACAACUCUUCUGGAUAAGUUGCGUAAUUCAAACGUCGUUGACAGUGAAUUUGGGGGGAUAACGCAACACACAGGAGCUUUCCUAGUAACUCUACAGUCCGGGGAGUCGAUAUGUUUCUUGGACACACCAGGGCAUGCUGCCUUCAGUGCCAUGAGGGCCAGGGGGGCCGACCUCACAGACAUCAUCAUACUAGUGGUCGCAGCAGAUGACGGGGUCAUGCCGCAGACAAUUGAGUCUAUCCGUCAUGCAGAAAGUGCUGGAGUUCCUAUUAUUGUGGCCAUCAAUAAAAUAGAUAAACAGAAUGCGAAUGUAGAGAGAACCAAGCAGAUGUUGCUGGAGCAUCAGAUACAACUGGAGGAGUUUGGUGGGGACGUUCAGGCUGUUCCAAUCUCAGCAUUAAAGGGGGUCAACCUGGCAGAACUUCAGGAAGCCAUAGUGACUCAGGCAGAACUAAUGAACUUAAAAGGUGACCCGGUUGGUUUGGUGGAAGGCAGGGUUGUUGAUGCCAGGCUAGAUGAGAAAAGAGGUCGCCUAGCGAUGGCUGUCAUCCAGAGAGGGACUUUGAGAAAAGGGCAGUACCUUAUUGCUGGAACAGCGUGGGCAAAGGUAAGAGCUAUGUUUGAUGACCGAGGCAACCCUGUUCAGCAAGUCCAACCUGGCAUGCCUGUGGAAAUCUUAGGAUGGAAAGAAACUCCGUCAGCUGGCGAUGAGAUUCUUCAGGUCAAGGAAGAGGCGGAACUGAAACGUGCGGUUGCCUGGCGCCUGGCCCAGCAGAUGAAAGUCAAGCAAGAGCAGGAUGCCGCGGUGAUCAAUGAACUACGUAGCGAACAUGACAAGGAAUACACGGCAGCCUUGGUCACCCGCAGACAGCAGGGGUUCUACAGGGCCAGACAAACCGGCCCUCGUAGGAAAGAGAUUACCCAUGAGGACGAGCCUCAGUUUUCUCUUGUUAUCAAGGGUGACGUAGACGGCACUGUAGAUGCCCUUUUGGAUGUCCUAGACACAUACAAGUCUAGAAUGUGCAGACUCGAUCUCAUUCACUUCGGCGUAGGCCACGUGACCGAGUCUGAUGUGGAGAUAGCAGCUGAUUUCAAUGGAGAGGUGUAUGCAUUUAAUGUCCAGGUGCCAGAAAAAGUAGCGGCUCUGGCAAAAAGCAAGCAGGUGCCGAUCAAGAAACACAAUAUUAUCUACCGUCUGUUUGAAGAUCUCAUCGCUAGCAUUAACAAAAGGUUGCCGAAAAUUAAGGAAGAUGUCAUCAAAGGUGAGGCCAAAGUACUGCAGGUGUUUCAGGUGACCCUGCCAAACAAAAAGAAGAGCUACGUUGCAGGCUGUCGAUGCACAUUUGGCUCCAUGUCCAAGAAACUUAAGGUGAAGGUGAUGAGAGAUGGCGAAGUUGUGUGCGAAGGAUCUGUGGUUUCACUCAAGCACUUCAAGAAUGAAGUGGACAGCGUCAAGAAGGAAGAGGAGUUUGGCAUAUCCUUGAGUGACCAAGACUUUGUCUUUCAGCCCCAGGAUAUGAUUGUCAGUUAUGAGGUCAAGGAUGUUGACCAGGAAAUAGAUUGGAAUCCAGGAUUUGUAGGGAAGAGCUCUGUGCGUGAUUGA